CCACGUUCUUCUUUCACAAGUUACAAAUCUAGUUUAUCAUCAUUAGAAACAGCUUGUCUUUCAGCACAAUUAUGAUAUAAAUGACUGGACAUUCAACGACAUUUGAAACAAGCAGAACACAUCACUGCUUAGCGCAGUUUGAGAAAUACCGUGGACGCAUGUGUGAGGAAAUCAAACCUUCUUGACUUGACGAUUAAAACAAACCACAACGCCGAUUCCACAGACGUUCACAUGCUGUGUGAAAUGGAAAUGAAAAAUAAACCCGUUUUAUUUACAAUGGAAGACAUGUCGAAUGUUUAUGUCCCAUUUUAACAAGAUCACAGGGUCAUUUGGAAUUUGCUGGAAGGAAAACAUCUUUAAAGGUUGUUACAAGGCCACGUUUACCAGUGCGUAGCGUUCGUUUAACAGCAGUCAGGAAACAUCUGUGAACUGAUUUGAUGAGUCUGAUUCAGAUCAGCACACAGGCCCUUCUGCUAUGAGGCCCAGUUCACAUUGUCCUGCUGAAAUGCACCAAUCAGGAGCAUGAAGUGCGAUGGUUUCUUUCUACGUGGUGGGACGAAUAUUCAGCGUCUUUAAUGAGUGAAAAACAAGAAACAGAAAGGUUUUGUGGUGUUUUUUACUCAUGUACAUCAGCUGUGUCGUACUUUCUAAAAUAUCGCCUUAAAACUCUUUGCACCCGUUAUGUGAAUUUAUAAUGUUCACAGCCGAUGUGGUCAUUGGUUGUGAACUUAAACAACCAACGGCGACUCUUCAGUUUUGUCUCCUGACAGAAAUAAGGCCCAAAGAGUGGAAAGUGAUUGUAAUUCAGAGGGUUUUGACCACUGCACUGUGGCUGAUCAUUCAGCAUGAUGUGGCAUAACAAAGACUGGACUGAGCCAUGUUGGUCAUGCACACAUCCAUGAAGAAAAACGGUUUCAUUGUAAUUUCUAACCCAGUUUAUAAUGACUCUCCAUCCCUGCUGACUUAAAGCUGCACACAUGUGAACAUGUUUAACUUUAAUGCCACAGUGUGGGCGUGGUUUAACUUUUUAGAUACUGACAAACCUGCUUCCUGCAGCACACACACCAGGUGCACAACGGCACAAACAACCUUUAAAGCCGUGUCCCCUUCUAACAUGCUACUUGAGUUUUAUCCUGUUUGUGCUGUCCACAUCCUCGAGCUACUAAAAGUUGCAGGUUAUCAGUGAGAACAAAGGUCAAGGGUACGUCAGACAUCCAGCAUUUGUAAUCCUACUUGAAAGAAUGACAUCAUCGUCACUGCUGUUAAUAAUUACAGUUGUGAUAAGUGGGAGAGAUGGUAUUUAUUGGUGGCACGAGCGUCUGAGACCCCAGUUGAUUUCCAGGAUCUGGAGCAGGAGGAAGAGACGGCGGAAGCUUCGACACAGACUGGGACGCUCUCAGAGCCACACAGAGAGGAAGCAGCAAAGGCGAGACGAUGCGCCCGGCAGCUCAGCAGUACGUGGUGACCAGGCCGCUGUACUCGGAGGAGUCCUUCGCUCAGGACCAUGAAAAGAUCUACAGGCACCGCAAAACUAUGCUGGACCACAUCAAGCAAUAUUUCACAUGUGACGCGAAACGAGCCAAGAGCACGGCUCUGUCUCUUCUCCCAGUCAUCGGCUGGAUGAAAGCGUACCGAUUGAAAGAAUGGCUGCUGGGUGACAUCGUGUCCGGUGUCAGCACUGGACUGGUGGCUGUGCUGCAAGGGCUGGCCUACUGUUUGUUGGCCUCUCUGCCACCCUGGUAUGGGCUCUUCUCCGCCUUCUUCCCUGUUAUCAUCUACUUUUUCCUCGGCACCUCCAGACACAUCUCAGUGGGUCCGUUUCCAGUGCUCUGUCUGAUGAUUGGCUCGGCGGUCACCAGGCUGGUCCCAGACGAGGGGCCGGCGUUCAACAUCACGGGGUUUGAAGGCCUGACCAGAGACGAGCAGAGAGUGCUGGUGGCCUCUUCUGUCACCUUCCUUGCCGGCGUCAUGCAGCUUGCGAUGGGCGUUCUGCAGGUGGGCUUCGUUGUCAUGUACCUUUCCGACACACUUGUGUCAGGUUUCACCACAGCUGCUGCGAUCCACAUUCUGGUGUCGCAGCUCAAGUUUGUGUUGGGGCUGGAAGUUCCAGGGAUCAGCGGGCCGCUGUCACUCAUAUAUACCUUGGAGAUCAUCUUUAACAAGAUCACCUCCACCAAUGUGUGUGAUGUGGUGAUCUCCAUCGUGAUCAUGGUGGUGGUGUUCAUCGUAAAGGAGAUAAAUGAGCGAUUUAAAUCCAAGCUGCCUGUGCCGAUCCCCAUAGAGGUCGUCAUGACUGUUAUUGCAUGUGGAGUUUCAUAUGCAUUCGACUUUAAGACAAGAUAUGGCAUUGAUGUUGUUGGUUAUAUACCAAAAGGGUACGAGGCGCCAGUCGCCCCAAACCCGCAGAUCUUCCAAGAAACAGCAGUGGAAGCGUUUCCUAUAGCCAUCGUGGGUUUUGCUGUGGCCUUCUCUGUGGCCAAGGUUUAUUCUAUAAAACAUGAUUACACCGUAGAUGGAAACCAGGAGCUGAUAGCCUUUGGAGUCAGCAACAUCUUUGGAGCUUCCUUCAGGUCUUUUGCAGCGAGUACAGCUCUUUCUAGGAGUGCAGUUCAGGAGAGCACAGGAGGGAAAACUCAGGUAGCUGGUUUACUGUCAGCUGUCAUAGUGAUGAUCGUCACAUUGGCUAUUGGAUUCCUACUGGAGCCCCUACCAAAGUCCGUGCUGGGCGCCGUGAUCAUCGUCAACCUGAAGGGCAGUCUGAUGCAGUUCAGAGAGAUCCCAUAUCUGUGGAGGAGGGACAAAGCCGACUGUGUGGUGUGGCUGGCUAGCUGCAUCGGUGCCUUCUUGCUGGGGCUGGAUCUGGGACUGGCUGUCGGCCUCGGUGUGGAGCUGAUCAGUGUCAUCCUCAGGACUCAGUUUCCUCGCUGCAGUCUGCUGGCCAACAUCAGGGGCACCGAUAUCUACAAAGACCGAAAGGACUACAUCAGCAUAUACGAGCCAGAAGGAGUCAAGAUCUUCAGGAUCCCAUCUCCAAUCUUCUUUGCCAACAUUGAGUUCUUCAGGAACAAGCUGGUGGAAGCUGUCGGCUUUAACCCAUUACGGGUGUUGAGAAAGAGAAAUAAAGCAGUGAGGAUGAUACGGAAACUUCUGAAGAAGGGCAAGUUGCAGUGGACAUCUAUCGGCCUCCUGAAUACCUCGUGUGGACCCAUAAAUGAAUCAGAGGACGAGAGCAACAUGGAAGAGCUGGACCAACCGACUAACUUCAAAGACUUUCCUGCCCGGAUCGACUGGAACGCCGAGCUUCCGGCCAACAUUGCGGUUCCCAGAGUUGAGAUUCACAGCCUGGUCCUGGACUUUGCCGCCGUCUCCUUCUUAGACAUCUCUGGACUGAAGGGACUCAGAGCACUGCUGAAAGAGCUGAUCCGAGUUGAGGUUGAGGUCUACAUUGUGGCCUGUGACCCUUACAUCCUGGAGAAACUCCAUGAUUGUAGCUUCUUUGAUGAUGAAGUUCAGUCUUCAAUGUUCUACCUGACACUGCAUGACGCCAUGCUGCACAUCCUGGAGAAACAUCCGGAGCCCAUUCCAAAAAAGUCUGAUUAUGAGAAGAUAAUGACAGGAGUCACUAUUCAUCAUCUGCCCGGCAAUUUGAGGAGCAGAGACAGAAAUGCUUCACCCACACAAACAAAGUUAUAACUUCAGAGUGACGACGAUGAGGACGACCAAAGACGAGGAAGAUGAACCCUGUGUGUGUGUGUGUGUGUGUGUGUGUGUGUGUGUGUGUGUGUGUGUGUGUGUGUGUGUGUGUGUGGCUUUUAAUGCAAUGCAUGAAACUGCAUUGAUUCUAUUGCUUUUUUAUCGUAUACAUCAUAUAGAUUUGUAGACAAUUACUGUAUAAUUUAUUUGACAUGUUUAUUUUCAUUUUCAUGAUGGUGAGGAUGAAUGUCUUUGCAAUGGUAAUAUUACUUUCAAGAGUUAAAACUGACUGAAA